AUGAUAUGCCUAGAAAAGUUGGGCUCAUCAUAUCGUAAACUUGAAGUAUGUGGUCAUCUUUUUCAUAAAUUCUGCAUCGAACAAUGGUUUCAAUCUAAUGGAAAACAAUCUUGUCCAAGUUGUGGACAUGUCUAUGGUAUUAGUAAAGGUCCUCAACCUGCUAAUGGCCGCAUGACAACCAAACUCAUAAAAACACCAUUACCAGGAUUUGAAAAUGAAAGCUAUGGAUACGAACGACCAACUAUUGAAAUAACUUAUACAUUUCCACCUGGUAUUCAAGGUCCUCUUAAUCCAAACCCUGAUAGACCUUACCGUGGAACAACACGUUAUGCUUAUUUACCAAAUAAUAAAGAAGGAAAAGAAGUGUUACAUUUAUUACAAAAAGCAUUUGACGAUCAGCAUAUAUUUACCAUUGGAACAUCAACAACCACCGGUCAAGAUAAUGUUAUUACAUGGAACGAUAUUCAUCAUAAAACAAAUAUUCAAGGUGGACCUGAGCGUUUUGGUUAUCCAGAUCCAACAUAUUUAUUUCGUGUUCGCCAAGAACUUGCUGAUAAAGGAUACAAAUAA